UCCUCCCCUCAUCCGCGGAAGUUCCUAGGAAUACUCGUCUUGCAAAAGCUAUCCGUCGUCUCAAUCAUCUUUCCCUCUAUCUUUUCUUUAGUUCCUUGAUCGUUUAGAAGAAAAUGUCGCUUAUCCCUCGCGGCUGGGGUUUUGGGUCGAGCAUCUUCGAUCCCUGGGAUCCCUUCGAGGGCUUCCCGUUCGACACCUCCCUCUCCUCCUUCCCUCGUCUUUCCCUUCCUAGUGACUCGUCCGCCUUCGCCAACGCCCGCAUCGACUGGAAGGAGACCCCGGAGGCCCACGUCUUCAAGGCCGACCUCCCUGGCGUCAAAAAGGAGGAGCUGAAGGUGGAGGUGGAGGAGGGAAACCUCCUCCAGAUCAGCGGCGAGCGGAGCCGGGAGCAGGAGGAAAAGACCGACACGUGGCACCGCGUCGAGAGGAGCAGCGGCAAGUUCUUGAGGCGGUUCCGGCUGCCGGAUAACGCGAAGAUGGACCAGGUGAAGGCGGCCGUGGAGAACGGAGUGCUCACGGUGACCGUUCCCAAGGAGGAGGCCAAGAAGUCGGAGGUGAAAUCCAUCGAGAUCUCUGGCCGAGGAUCCUUUUGAAGGAAAAAGGUCUAGUGCAGGCGUCCUGUUUGUGUUUUGUUCUCAGUUAAGUGUGACUGGUCGUUUGUUGUUACUAGUGUGAACAGUCUGAAGGGUCUUUCAUCUUUUUAGCGCCUACAUCCACCUGCUGUGUCAUGCUUCGUGAGGAGUUUUUUCUUUCUGGAAUAUCAGUUGCAACCUAUGUAAGAUUUGAACGUGAAUAGAUGCUACUGUUUUUUUUCUCGAAUAGGUAGUAAAGUGUUCUGCUACUGUUUUGGACUUGAGAAACAAAAGCAUCAUGUUGUUUAUUCGCAAGGGAAAUUUGGUUUGAA